CUCGACCGAUGCUUAACCUCGAUAUUACUCACCAUACUAUACCACCUAUCAAAGACAGCUAGCCGGCCUUUUCAGGUUUUCCACUUUCGAUGGCCAUGUGUCACUCACAGCCGAACAGAGCAAACUACUGAGCGGUACACACACGUUGUUUGAUCGAUAGCUAACCGAAUAUCUCUUCGACACCAGAAAUGGUGUAAGUUGGCAAAUGCAACAUGGGUCUUUUGUAUCCGUCUUGUGAAUACAGGAGUAAGACAAGGUUACCCGACCUUCUAUCACUGGUGAUAUUCCUAAUUGUGGUGAAUUGGAUUAUGCAUCAGAUUGUGGACAGACAGAGGACAGGAUUACUUUGGAUCGGAAAGAAGAUUCUAGAAGAUAUGGAUACCGCGGAUGAUUUAUCUCUAAUGUCACAUAAACCCAAAGACUUACAAGCGAAAACCAAUAAGUUGGCAGGAGAAGCAGCCAGUGAAGAUAUGGCGCUUCAAGUGAACAGAGAGAAGACGGAGGUGAUGCAGAUAACCAACCAAAAACAAUAACAAGAAGUAUCAAUUACAAUCGAUGAGAGAAACUUGAAGGAAGAUCGCUU